AUGGCCGUUGCGGCUACAGGCGCCGGCCUUGAAAACCAGCGGCGCAUGCUCUGGCCCCACCCGGUGAGGCGGCACAGCUCAGAGCUCAGCCCGGGUUUGCAGAAACAAAGGAGCCUCCGGCGGAAAGGAACCGUGGUGAACUCAGAAGCUUGUUGGAGCUUGAAAUCCUUGGAACUUCUAGAUGGCGGAGGCAGCCAGGAGAGUAAGUGCCCACCCCUCAGCGUGGUGCCUAUCACCCACUGUCUGAAAGAGCUCUGGGAGGUGCUGGAAGCUCCCGUGGGGGUCUGGACCCUCCUGGGAAAGAACCAGGGGCAGUGUUCACAAUCCUGGAGGUCAGCCUCUGAGGCCCAUGUCACCAGGCCAGUGGAUCCACUGAAGGGCCCCUGGCACAAGCAUUGCCAGCAGUGGGGACAGGCAAAGGAGCACAGGCCCGCUGGGCAGCAGGAAGCAGGGGCGGACCUCGCUGUGGGAGAAGUGGGUGCUGUACCAGCUGCGGGAAAAAGGUCACUCCCCGGAGUACCUGGGGCCUGGCUGAAGGUACUGGCGAAGUGUGGCUGCACUGGGGACAGGAAUGAGGUACUGGGUGAAUGCCAGAUGUUGAUGCAGGGCAGAGACUGCAGGUUUGGGGAAGGUCUGGCUGCAGGGAGCCUUGGCCAAAAGCUCAGAGACCAGGUCAGUGUUUCUGACGCCAAGGGCUUAUGACAGCUCCCAAAUAGACUCCUGCUGGUCCCUUCCAAAUGCGUUAUUUUUCUGAGUGGCCAUUGGGAAACUGCUGAUUCAAAACUUACCUCUUGCCUUGUCGACUCCCCAAGGCCUACUCAUAUUCAGGUGACAGAAUCAGCCUUCACAACAGCAGCAUUCAGAUGGGUACCGCUGGGAGCCACCCUCAUCCCCCACCCCCAGACAGUGCUGGCCAACUGAGGAGCUCACCAGGCAGUGACAUUCCCACAUGCCUCAAGGCCAACCAGAGGAGCCGCCAUCAACCACACAGGCAGCUGUUCCAGGGCCCAGGGACCUGGAGAGAGAAAGAUGAACUUUCUUCAUCCUAAACUUGAAUUCACGCACUGCCACUGAAUGGGCCGAUUCAUAGCACAGCCUGACUGUAGUCCCAUGGGAUGUCACUGGUCAAAUUAAGUGCCGGGCAUGGUGCCUUCCGCCUGUAAUCCCAGCACUUUGGGAGGCCAAGGAGGGCAGAUCACCUGAGAUUAGGAGUUCAAGAGCAGCCUGGCAAACAUGGUGAAACCUCAUCUCUACU